UAGAACCGCUGGUUUAACCAAAAGAAACUUCAUCUACUGCUCUCCCGCCUCUUGGAUUUGGAGUUUCCCUGUCAGCUGCAUCUUCUCUUCGCCACAUUUCCUUUGAUCAAUUUUCGAAGCUUGGGAGUGUGGAUUCCACGGGAAUUUUCAGAAUCUGGUAACACAUGCGACCAUCGGAACCCUAAUUCUAUCCGGAAUUUAGGGUUUUUUUUUCGUGCCGGGCCGAUGAUUAUUGAAAAUAGGAAAAGCAAUGGGGAUUUCACGGGACGUGCUUUGGAGGUCAAGUUCGUGAAGAGCGAGGCAGGGGAAAAUGGAAUCGGGAUGGGGAUUUUGAAUGUUGUAACUGAAGGGGUUCCAGGAACUAGCGAUGGUUUUCGAACUUACAAGAGGCGGAAGCAGACUAAGUUGACUUGUGGGAGCGAAUGCAAAGGAAAUGGCAAGACUCAUGUAGAAGCUAGUGGUCAAUUUGUGACUGUUGAAGAAACUUUGCAUUUACUAAGAGGCAGUAACUCCUGUGAUCAUGUCCAUCCUCCAAUGGUCAAUUUAGAUGAGUCCCCUGAUGACCUCUGGAGAUCGGUUUUGGUAAAGCAGAUGUGCCACUUAUCAAGUGUCAAUGGAGACAAUGUACCGAUGUGUGUCCAUGAUGGCCUUGCUACUAAUUCAGGCGCCAAUGACCCCUCAAGAUUUAGGAAAUUUGAUGCUCAAGAUGCAAACAGCAAUAAUGACCUUGCACGUACUGGAUCAGUGUCUAGUACAGUUCAGAUGGCAUCUCAUAGAGAGAAUGGUGUUGUAUCAAAUGGAUCAUUAGAAAACCCAGACAGAUGUAGUGUCAAUGAGAGUUGCUGGCGAGCUUUCUUGAGUAUUAUAGAUUCUCAGAAGUUUAUCUCAUUGUGUAAGCUUCUAUCUGAAAAUUUCAGAGGAAUCAAGGCUGAUAAUGUUUUUGACUUUAGUCUUGUAAACUCAAGGAUCAAAGAAGGAGCUUAUGAAAAUUCACCCACGCUCUUCCUCUCUGACGUACAACAGAUAUGGAGAAAAUUUCAAGCCAUUGGUACAGAAUUGGUAUCACUGGCAGAAAGCCUCUCAGAUUUUUCCAGAACUACCUAUCGAGAAAAGGUAGGAGUUUCAGGACGCAAUGUAUUUGAAGAUGGAAAACACGAGUCCUCUACUUGGGAAUCACCCUCUCAUGCUAAAGCAGAGCAUAUGGAUGGUUAUGGUGCGUAUAAAGUUUGUGCCUGCAGAAGUUGUGGAGAGAAAGCAGAAGGGAUUAAUUGUCUGGUUUGUGAUUCAUGCGAGGAAAUUUACCAUAUAUCUUGCAUCAAACCUCCCGUCAAAGAGAUUCCCCUUAAGAGUUGGUACUGUGCGAGUUGCACUGGAAGUGGAUUUAGUUUGCGUCAUGACAACUGUGUAGUGUGUGAGAGGUUGAAUACGCCCACAAUGCUAGCCAAUGGAGUUGGUGAAAUUCUGGAAACAAGUGAACACAAUCAUUUUCAUGGGGAUGACAAUCCGAAUUAUUGUACGGAUGAUGGAUUUGAACAACUAAAGGACAGCCAAGAUUUAGGCCCUUGCAAAAUUUGUGGAAAUGGAGUAGAAGGCGGUGAUAAAUAUAGAAUGUGUAGCCACCUAUUCUGCCCUCAUCAAUUUUAUCACACCAGGUGCUUGACUAAAAACCAGUUAAAAUCUUACGAUACAUGCUGGUAUUGCCCUUCUUGUCUUUGCAGAGCAUGCCUCGUAAAUCAAGACGACGACAAGAUUGUUUUAUGCGAUGGUUGUGAUCACGGAUACCACAUUUAUUGUAUGCGACCCCCACUUGCUGCAAUUCCAAAAGGACAAUGGUUUUGUAGCAAAUGUGAAGCUGGAAUCCAGGCAAUUCGCAGGGUGAAAAUGGCAUAUGAGAAUUUUGAAAACAAGCGAAGUAAGAGAGGUAAAGAUACAUUUGGAAAGUCGGGCAAGAAACGGAUCAAUGGAGGUGAUGAAGAAUCGGAUACAGGCAGGGGAGGAAUGGAUAUGCUUCUUACAGCAGCCAAGACUCUAAAUUACGAAGAGGGUCUAACUAACCUUUGAUAUAAAUAGCUGAUUCGAAGAAAGGUCUGGAGCACAAAAAAUUCCAUGAGACUGAUUACACAUUUUAAUUCUCGUAGAAUUUUGUUUUAAUAUGUUCAUGGACGUAAUAUUCAUUAGUUUUUGGACAUUUAGGUAUGCUGACGUUUUGGGAAAUUGUAACUUGGAAUGAUAUCUGUAGGCUGUGUAAAAGAAACUUGGCACAUCUUCAAAUGAGGAGUCUUGAGAAACCAGGAUGCUGUUUGAUAAAAGGAGAUCCAGGUGAGAAUCAACCUUGUAUUGUUUUUUACUCAUUUUGUACCAUGAAGUAUAUAAUCUCCAGGGAUUGUGAGAAUGCUGAUGUUUCGGUUCUGUUGUAAAAUCCAUUUAACACUAUCGCAAUCAAAGGAAACGAUGCUUUUUUGUAUGCAUUCUUAGGCAUUCUUUAUUACUAUAAUUGGCAUUUGAUAUCUUACAUGAAUAUUUAUUCUA